UCAGGAAGAAACAGGCAUGGAAAGGCUGAUCAAAGCAUCAAAACCAGCUGCCACGUGUUUAUUUCAAGAUGAGGCUUUUAAUACUUUUGUUACUGAAUUUGAUAGCAAUAAGCUCAGCUCUAGAGUUAGUCGUGACAAAGGGGGGAAGGAAGAAGCGUUAGAGGCUGAAAUAGAGAAGCUUAAAGAGCAGCUGAAGCAGGUAAACUCUGAGAAGGCUGAAAUAACUUCGAAAUUUGAAAAGCUUUCUGCCAUUUGUCGAUCCCAGAGACAGGAGAUACAGGAGCUCAAGCAAACUCUAGCUGCUAGAACUCCCUCACCAAAUAAAUACCAAGCCUCACCUAGAAUUCAACCAUCUGCAAGUCCUCUGCAAGAAAAAUCUGACUGGAGUACCCUAAGCCUAGAGACAAAGCCAUGGCAAGCAUUUGCAGAUGAUAAGAAGUCACAGAAGCAGCAUCUUUCAAAAGGCAACAGUCCACAGUCUGUUAGAACCAGAAAUGCACACCAGAAUAAGCAGGCUGCUGAAUUAACAUCCGAUUUUGAUUCCUGGGGUUUCGGAUCAGAGAAUUUUACAGCUGUCCCAGCCACCAGCUCCCAAAUUCCAGUGUCCAAUACUGAAGUGAGCGUAGGUGGUUAUAAGAUUACGGUGAGCAAGCCAGCUACUCAACCUGCUGGAUGGGCUGGUUUCUAGCUAAGUCAUUUGCGAAGCCAUAUAAGAAGGUAUAUUUACAUUAGAACCGUGACAUUUUUCCUAAGAGAUAAAUAUAGGGAGAAGUGAAAAAAUAUAUGGCCUUUUGGACUUGUUUGUUGU